AUGAAGUCAGUCGUAUUAUUUCUGAUACAGAGUGCUCUAUUCGCAAUUCAAUUUAGCACACUUUCAUGUGUCAUUUAUAACUGUCCAGCGGAUGCACCAUGCGGAUGUUCAGCUAAGUCAGCUGUGGUGACAAAAAUUAUUAACGGCGAAGCGGCUGCUAGUCUGACAUGGGGAUGGGCAGCCUCGCUUAGUUCAAUAUCAAUGAAUUCACAUUUUUGUGGCGGAUCAAUCAUAUCGAAAUCACAUCUUUUGACAGCGGCACACUGUACGAUUAAAAUACGUUCCCCCUCACAAAUACAAGUUUCUGUUGGAUCGAUCUAUUCAUAUGCAUACGCGCAAAGACGAACCAUUUCGAAAAUAUACAACCAUCCAUCUUAUUCUUCAGCGACCCAUGAAAAUGAUAUUGCGAUAUUGAAACUAUCAUCACCGUUAAAUCUUGAUGAGGCUGGUGUCGAUUUAAUCUGUUUACCUAAUGUUUCAUCAACAAUACUUUCUACUGAAGAAUAUCCUACAGUUGGUACUAAUCUUGUAGCUAUCGGCUGGGGUGUAUUAGAAGAGAAUAGUCCGAUCUCGUCACCUACAUUGCAACAGGUGAUAAUUCAAUCGGUUGCUUCGAAUAGUACUUAUUGUCAAAAUAGUCGUCUGAAAGAUCCCAAAACUCAGCUUUGUGCUGGUACAAUGCCAGAAGGUGGAAAAGAUACUUGUCAAGGAGAUAGUGGUGGUCCGCUGUUGAUGUUCACAUCAAACAAUGUUUGGGAAGUAAUUGGUAUUACUUCAACUGGAUAUGGAUGCGCACGAGCUAAUUAUCCUGGCAUCUAUACGCGUGUAGCUGCCUUUCAGUCAUGGAUCAACGAAACAAUGAAUCAUGCUAAUCAAAUAUUUACAACUACACAUGUUAUAUUAAUUCUAUUGACACAUUUACUUAUCAUAAUGGCAUGA